AUGGAUCCUUUUACUGCUAUCGGCCUGGCUGGCAACAUUUUGACUUUCAUCGAUAUCGGACUCAAAUUCGUAAGCCAAACCAAAGGGAUUUAUGACUCCCAAUCCAGCAGCACCGCCGAAAAUGAUAACCUCAGUAUCAUGGCAACGCGAUUCACCUCAGCCAUGAGCGAAAUGCAAGGCAAAUUACCAAAUGGAAAUCUGAGCAAGGAUGAAAUAGCUUUGAAAACACUCGUUGAAGAAUGCAGCAACAUCUCAGGCGAGCUUCAGAACCUCCUUGCAGAGUUGAAGGCCAAGAAGCCGAAGUCAAAACGAAGUAGCAUGAAGGCAGCGUUUCGCGACUGGAGAAAGAAGCCAGAGAAGGAUGAUCUUCAUAAGAGACUUGAAAGUUCGCGCCAGCAACUUGACUUGCUGCUGACGACAAUGACAAGAUUCGAAUCCCUGGAACGACUCAACCAGUUGGUAAAAUAUGGCCAGUCCAAUGAAGUUGAGAUCGCGUCUCUUCACCGGAACAUAGAUGCCCUUCGCUCUGGGCUACAGGUUAAGAUCCUUAGCCCCGAGGCCCUGGAACAGAUUCGAGAUGUGGUUAAGUUAUCAGACCGUGCGACUUUGAAGGUUCGGGAAAGUUGCAUCCUUACUGCCUUGCGGUUCGAGUUAAUGAAUGAGAGAUAUGAUGACGUGGCCGAGGCCCAUGAUAAGACGUUUAAGUGGAUAUUCGACUCAUCCGAUAGCGACGACGAUAGUGAAGAUAGUAGUGACAACAGUCACGACAACAGUACCGGCAAUAGUGACAACGAUGGUCGACCACUCUACAGCCCUGACAUCAUACUACCCCACAUACCAAAGGAAAUUUCUGAAGCCCGUGACAACUUCGUCGAAUGGACCAAACACGGCAACGGAAUCUUCCACAUCUCUGGAAAGCCAGGCUCAGGAAAGUCGACUUUGAUGAAAUAUUUGUGUCGACAGGAGGAAACCAAACACUAUCUUGAUAUCUGGGCUGCAGAUAAGUCGCUUGUUUUUGGCAAAUUCUUCUUCUGGAAUCCCGGCACAACACUACAGAAGAGUCUGAGGGGUUUGAUUCGAGGCCUUCUCUAUUCUAUCCUCUCCAAUGCUCCAGAGCUUAUACCUCUCGCCUUUCCCAAACAUUGGGAUGCCACCCUCAGUAAGGUCGCAGUCACGUUUGAUUCCUCGGAUGAUAUAAUGCUCGCUUUUACCGAGCUGAUUCGCCGCGAUCAGGUCUAUCGCAACCACAAGCUUGUCUUCUUUAUUGAUGGCCUGGAUGAGUUUCAAGGAGACCAUGCGGCACUCAUAACCGAUCUGCUGCGGUGGACGUCAGAACGACCUACAGGCGUGAAGAUAUGCGUCUCUAGCCGGGAGUGGCCGAUCUUCCAAGAAGCAUUCAAGACAUUUCCAAGCUUCCGCUUGCACGAGCUGACGCGAUCUGAUGUGUCAAUGAUUGUGUGUGACAGAUUGAAGAACAAUGAGCUUUACCAGAAGCUGGCAAGUCCAGAUGAGUUAGCGAGGUUUGAGUCAAGUCUUGUGAAGAAAUCGGACGGCGUGUUUUUGUGGCUGAAGCUGAUCUUGCGGGAUAUUGAGGACGGUCUCCUGAGCGGAGAUAGGCUACCACAGCUGGAGAACAAAGUCAACUUCCUUCCUACCGAGUUGAAUGACCUAUUCCAACACCUUUUCAACGUUAUUCAUCCAUCUGAUCGAAAAGAGGCAUACUUGAUGCUGGCAGUCGCACUCGAAUGCCCCCCCCAAUCCGAUUGGCCUAUCUUCCGCAUCUCCUUUCUGGAAGAGUACAUCGAAAAUCAUGAUUUCGCUCUCAGUCAACAAAUAGAGCAACUCGAUGAUGAACAAAUAAUGGAUCGCUUGGAGCGAACCCGGAAGAAGAUCUAUGGCAAAUGCAAAGGGCUCCUCGAGAUACAGUUGGUGCAUCUUGAUGAGAAGCACCAGAUCUAUCGAACCAAGAUCGACCAAACCCUAAAAGAGUCCGUCAAAUUCACGCACCGAUCGAUCAUUGAAUUUCUCAAAAGCGACCAGACUAGGCAAAAACUGGCCGCCGACUUAAGAGGCCUCAAUAUCUUUGAUGCCAUGUGCCAGACAUUUCUGGCGCAUAUCCAAGCUGCCAUCAUGAACGAACAUUAUUAUCAGGACCGUCAUGGGGCAUCGGACUUUGAGGAUCAUUUGUCGUUCACUUCAGAAGGUCUGGUCAUGGUGCUUUCGCCUCCGAGCCUAGAUUAUGAUAUCUGCACACUCUUAGGAGUAUAUGCUACAAGGAACGAGGCUGCAGACUCAGCGAGAUUCACGGCAUUCCUAGACAAGCUAGUCGAGGUAGCCGAGGAUCUGUUCUCCCCCAAGGCGCAAUUUCAGUUCGUCGAUUACAACUUGCUGAGGAUGGAGUAA